GAGACUUAAGGAAAUAUGAGUUAUUUCCCCUAUAUCCUUAUUUCGUUCUUAUCUCCUCUUUCGUAUUAAUCUUCAUCUCCUACGUUUCGUUAUUCAUAUUCCAUCUUCCACAAACACAAAAUUCUACAUGAUAUCAGAGCAUUAAGGUCCAAGACCUCUCUGUUAUAAAUUUGUUUUUCUUCCGCUGCAUAAACCGAGCAAAUUCCCUCUUAUCUUUGGUUGAUAGAAAGAGGAGCCUGUUCGUGUAUUCAAUUCUAUUUCUACCUUCUUUGGCCAUUCUUUCAAGCCAAAGGGAGUCAUAUUUUUCAAGUUUUUCGUUGGCCUCUCAUUCAAGCCACGAUUAACCAUUUUUCUAAGUUCAUUUCGGUUCUUAUAUCCAAAACCGAGUGAACCGUUCUUGUUUUGUCACCUCCACAUAAUUUUCAUUCUUUUGAACAUUUUCAAUCCACUAAACUUAUAUGUGGAAUUCUUGGGAUGUGAAUUAUGGUCCUUUAGAAGAUGAGGAAGGAAAUCAUUGCACAUAUUGUGUAGAUGAACAUGGUAAUGUCGAAGAAUAUUGGUCUUCCAAACAAUCCAUUGAAGCAUGGCAUAAACUAUCCAUAGAGGAGAUAGCAGCUACAUGUGUGGAUGAAGACCCCUUUUUCGAGCAAGAAGAUGAGAAGGAAUGUGUUGUGGACGACAACGUCUUUGAUCAUCUCCCAUCGGAUAUCAAGGAGGCUUUAAUCUCAACGAUCAAACACUGCAACAUACGGUUAACUCCUUCUCUCCUUGAAUCCCUCUGUAAUUCUAAUGAGUUUGUUCAAAUGAUGGAAAAAAGGCAGGAAGAGAGCACAAUAGAGCUGAUCGUAAAGGAGAAGACGACCGAAAACAAAGUGGAAAGAGGACACAAGCAAGAAACCUCAUUGGCGAGCCACAAAGAGGACACAACGUCCCAAAAACUUCAACCAGAGGAUACAAAUCAAAUAUCGGUGGCAUUGGAAGCGGAUGACACAAAAGAAGGGAACAAGGAAAACACAGAUUUGGUUGAAUUAGAAGACCUCAAUGAGAAGGCAAAGACCCUUGAUGAGGCACCAAAAACAUCCGAGAUGCAGUUGUUUCUAUCCCCUCAAAGAAAUCCAAGCACCACAAUCAUAUGGUUAAUCACUAGAGUUUGUGAUCUUUUCUCAUGUCCUAUGAAACUUGAUACAUUUUUUCAAGAUAACAUUUGUGGGUCUUUAAGUAUUACUCAACAGUCCUUAAAUGAGGAAUUGUUCAAGCUUUUCAAGCACACGAGCGAGGGGAAACAUGAUGGUACUCUCAUAUGCUUUCUAAGCAAAAGAAAUGCAAGAAAUGGAGAAACAUCAAAGGAAGAAACCAAAAACAGAAAUCUGAAGUUUAAAUGGAGUAUGAAUUGCCUAUGAGUUUCAACAACUCUAAGCUUGGUAAAUUUUCAUCUCAUUACUUUGUAUUUGAUCCUGGUGCAUCUUAUAAUAAGCAUAUGUGUUUUGAUGGAAAACAAAACAUCAUCAUUACUAACAUGUUUGAUUAUGCAAUUGAUACAUGUAAAAGGAAAGAUAUCAUGUUUAAUGCAUCUAAUGUGCAUUUCAAUCAUAUGUUCUUCGAAGAUAACCAUCAACUAAAGUUGUAUGCAUGCAUAUUAUCAAAUCUGAAGUUUAAACUUAUUAGGACACUUUUUCUAUUGUUAUUUGAUGAUAAUCACAUUUUUACAUCAUUAAAUCCGAUUUCUCUUAUUAAGCGGGGUGAUAUGGCCUCCCUUGUGGUUUCUAACGAUUUUAAUGAGUUAUUACAGAAAAUCAAACGGAAUGGACAAAAUGGAAGAUUGAAACCGAUGGAAUCGCAAAGGAAUGAGCCUGGACGCUUGAAGACUGAGCAAUACAUUCUCUUGGCAAUAUUAACCUUUCGAAAAUUCUCCAUGUUAAUCUCGAGGGGAAAUGUUGAAGAGCAAAAGAGUAACAAGCAUGACACGAGAAGACUUGAGGAGCAAGGAAGCAUGGAAACAACAAAGGAAGAAUUGAUGUUGCUGCAGGUGGAAAACCAUGUCAUUGGAGGAAUUAAUAUGCUCAACAUAUACCAAUGACGAAAUUCAUGCUUUGGUGGUGCAUUAUUCCUCCUCUCCAAGUUGAACCAAGUAUCAACCAUGCACCAAGAUAUUGAAUGCUUUCUCCAUCUCCAAAUCUGCCAACAACCUCAUUAAAUGUUUCUGCACAUGCACAACUUCAACAGCUAGUUCAUUAAUGAUUGUUUCUCUUUCAUUUCUCUAUAAAUAGCAUCCUCUUGUGCUAGAAUAGAUAAUAAUCAAGAAUAAGAAAUAGAGACUUAAGGAAAUCUGAGUUAUUUCCCAUCUA